AUGAACGAUAUGAACACGGAUGUUCAUCAAGAUAAUGUACAAAGACUAGAAAAACUAGCGAAACCCAAGAAAAGGACUGAUAAAACCAAUAACUAUAACACCUUCAAUGUAAAACGUGGAGCAUUAUCGUACCAAAUUACGGAUUCGCUGAACAAAUUAGCUCAACCUAGGCGAAAACCAGGCACAAACGUGUCAAAUAUAUCCAACUUUAGCACGAGAAAUUCUCCUACAAGUACAGUGAAACAAGGGCAUCACAAGUUGAUAAAUAGCAGCGAACAGUCGAAGGACGCGCAAGAGUCGAAGAAGAAGAAGUUCUUGCUAGACACUUAUGCUCGCAUCACCGCAGCAAGGAAUAAAGGAUGCUCGAAACGACUGCAUGAGCUUGCGAAACCGAAGAGACAUGUGAUGCGUACCGAGCCGUACGACGAUUUCGAAAAUUACUUUCAAACGAUAAAGAAAUACAAUGUGAAAACUCCGCAUCAGAAAAGAAAAUAA